UUUAUCUGGACUUCCGGUUACGCGAGAGCCGUCACCAUGGUCCGGUAUGCAUCCGAACCAGAUAAUGCAUCAAAGUCUGCUAAAGCAAGAGGCUCAUACUUGCGUGUGCACUUCAAGAACACUCGUGAAGCUGCCCAGGCCAUCAAAAAAAUGCAUUUGAAGAGAGCAACUCGUUACUUGAAAAAUGUGAUGGCACAGAAAGAAGUAGUGCCAUUCCGUAGGUUCAAUGGGGGUGUUGGCAGGUGUGCUCAGGCCAAACAGUUUAAGGUGUCGCAAGGCAGAUGGCCGAAGAAGAGCGCAGAGUUCUUACUGCAGUUACUGAAGAAUGCAGAGAGCAAUGCAGAAUUUAAAGGCUUGGACACUGAUCACCUGGUAAUUGAACACAUUCAAGUGAACAUGGCUCCCAAGAUGAGACGACGAACCUACAGAGCUCAUGGGCGAAUCAAUCCCUACAUGAGCAGCCCGUGUCACGUGGAAGUGAUCCUGACGGAGCGGGAACAAGCUGUGCCACAUCCUGUGGGCGAGGACGAACCUGUCAAAAAGAAAGUUUCUCAGAAAAAACUCAAACGACAGAAAAUGAUGCAGAGAGACUAAAUUAUACCGAACUACAUAAAAUAAAAUCCUCAUGUCGUUA